UGCUGCAAAUCCUCUGGUGCCUGUGUGCCGCGUAGACAAUUAAAAUGUCUAACUUCAGUUUUGAAAACAACCCUCGCAUAUCAAAGGUGUGGAUCGCACUAAGACGCUUCGACCAAAACGAUGACAGAGUGGUUGCUCUUCGAGAAGUGUCCAUUCCUCCAGCAGCUGAGGCCUCCGAGAUCAUAAAGAUUAUCCUCACUACUUUUGGGCUUAACUGUUCUGAUGUCAUAUUGAAGAUUAGGAACCACCGGAGCUGUUUGAUCCCUCUGAACAACUUGAUCCCUGCCAACAGCAAGCACAUGCCUUAUGUACUUGAGGUAGCCAAGAUAUUUCAGCACGUGCGCCCCAAGCCCAGAACCAUUCCUACAACUGUGCUCAACAGGAGCAUGAGAACCAGGCCACAGACUAUUGACCGGAGGAUUGAGAGACUGGAGGAGCUUUUGCCUCAGAUUAAACUCAGGCAGCAUGAAAAACUAACUAAGGAGAUUGAAUGUCUCAGCCAGAAGUUGAGGUUUCUUCACAAGAGAAUGCAGGUGGUGGAUUCUCACAGCUGGAAGGGGGGGCUGACCAGAGCCCCGCUUUGGUGAACCAACACCUACAAACUCUCAGUCACUGCAGAUUAAUCAUGGCACUGUGUGAGGAGGCAUUAGACUUGUUGGUACAGCUAUAGAUAUACUGUUUAUUUGAUCAGCACCAUGAUGUUCAUUAGACAUUCUUUCUACAAAUCAUUUCAGGAGAUUAACUUCUAUUUUUGAUUUGUAAAAUAGAACUAUUUUGUUUUUCCUGGCAUUGUAAGAAGUUUGUCUGUAGUUUGACUUGAGGAUGAUUCAAGAUUAAAUGACCAUACCCUCUGA